AUGCGGUCUCCAACCGUGCAGGCGCAGUGGAGUGCUGCUGUCCGGCAUGGCGAGCGCGACCGUGUGCUGUCGCCGAAGCGAGAGCAGGGAGGACCUAGCACGGCACAUGAUGUCAAUGACACCGACCAGAAUCAGGUCACCUCUGCUGCUACAGCAGUGACGUCGGCAACGCAGCCUUCGCAGCUCUCUCUGAAAGAAACCGGCAUGCACCGCAGCACGUCCGCCCUACAGUGCUUGCAGUCGAUACAGCGGGCCGACGGACUAGGUGGGACACAUACACGGCGGGCAACGCCGUCUGCGGCUGUUGCGGCGGCAGCAACGACAGCGAUACAGCCACUCCUCUCCCCUGCGUCCAGCGCUCACCACCCGGCUGCGAGUGUCUCUUCGAAAGCGCAGCAGGGGCGCUCGCCCUCCUUGUCCCGCCCCUCCAGUGCCGCGGCCAACUUCCGCGGCACAACGAACGGCUCCUCUGUACCGCACCCGGCGCUGAGGUCGCGCUCCGUCUCGGCCGUUCAGCAGCAGCACCUCCGCACUUUGCCAAGCCACGUCCGAAGCGCGCGGAGCAGCUCCUCUCAUAGUCGACCGGCGUCGGCGGCGCCGCAGGAGGAUUUCCCCCAGAUGAUGGCAUCCAGAAGUGCCGCGGCGCGCUCACAAGAGAGCGCGACGUCUGUGCCAAGCGGCAACGGAUGCAGAAUCUUCGGCAGGAGUCCUGUGACGGCUCCGCCCGUGGCCACCACUGCGCAUAUACGCGCCUUCAGCAACAAGACCCUCUACGUCCGUCCCCGGUCAGCGAGUCUCACGUGCACCUCCCUGCCAGCCCCGCAGUCGGCGAAGCGCAAUCGAAACCUGAUCCAGGUCCUGGCGGUCUGCCACAACGGCUCUCCGACUGCGCGGGCAUGCCGGGCGGGCAUAGCGAACAACAGCGCCGUCAGAGGCCCCGAGUCGCUCUCGCAGAGUGGCCAGCGUCACUUUCUACGUGCGCCACGGCCUCACCAAGUCCCUACAAUGGGUACACGAGAGCAGGUCACCGUGGAUGACACGAGCGUAAAGGGUGUGCAGCGAAGCUGUAGCUGCUCAGCGUCGAUGGUGCAGCGCCAGCAACCGCGACAGACCUCAGCUGGCUCGUCACCUCAGGCAGAUCAGACGCAGCCCCAAGGCACCCGCGCGGAUGCAGCCGGCUCCGGCACACCGGGCUGCCAGCUCGAUGAAUCUGGCGUUGCCGACAACGACGGCGGCUCUCACCGCUGCGUCGGUGAGCAUCAGGCAUUUGAGGAGCUGGCGAUGGCCGUCCCCUUCACACCUCAAGCGGCUGCAGGGGUGGCUGGCAUCGAGAUUGGCCCCGCUGCGGGGGAGUGGAACCUGCCGCGCAUUCAGCAGCGCAUCCUUGCUGCGCGGCUGCAAGCGGAGGUACACCAGCACUUCACCAGCGCGGUGGAGAUACUGCUCGCCGUUCAGAUGAGUCUCGAUGUGGACUACCAAGAAGCCUCACAGGGCGGUGGUGGCCGCGAACCUGCCUCGGUCUUCUUGCUCACUCCAGCGCAGCGGGCGUACUAUGCUGAUCUCGUGGGGCGUGAGCUGCAGUACGUCACGGCUCUGUGGACGGCGAAGCUGCAGUCCACGGAGUCGCCGACGCUUGCCGUCACGACGCCAGCUGUGGAUCAGCUUCGAGGAGCAGCAAGAAAUAUUGCCGGCUCCCACGCGGUGCCUUCCGAACCUACGGCAGCAACGGAGGCGGCGGGGGAAGAAGGCACCGACGUGCGCGUCAGAAAGCACUCCCGUGCAAUGGCGCGCCUCAUGUCGUCGACAGAGCACCGACUCGCCUCCGCGACGCACGCGACCGACAGCACAGCCUCCAGCACGUCGUGUCCCAACUCUGCCGAGCCCGCGCACUCAGCCGUGGCCGUGAGUGUCACUUCGACGGGACAUCCAUUGCCCAAGACAGCAUCGCGCAAGAGGACCCUUGUCGAGCUUCACCAAAUACCGGAGAUGCAGACUUGCGCUCAUCGAUCGCGGCAGCCGCAUGUCAGCGCCACCGAUGACCUCAACAGUGAUGAGUCAGAGGCGAGUCAGCUCAGCAGCGUUCUCGUCUAUACCAGCAGUAGCAAGGUGGGGGCGCCCUCUCCGCAUACCCCCGCAUUCAGUGAGCGCGGCAUAUCCGCUACCGGCGUCCGCGCGAGUGACUCGUUUAUUCACGCGGUCCCCGAAAGCUCGGCGCUCGACGGCACCACGGUGCCCGCACAGCCUCGCGGGCAACGUCGACCAUGUGACCAAAGGCGCGGCAGGAAGCCCAUCCGUCGAAACCCGUACCUGAUGGACGCCGUCAGCACCAACUCGUCCGCUGCCAAUGAGCUUUCUUCGGUGUGGGAUGACGAGGUGCUUGGGUCGCAGCUGCACGGGCCCUUUGAAGAUGCCGUGAUGCAGCGCGUGCAGUGCCGCUCCAUGCAGAGGAAGAGGUCGUCUAUCAACGAACCCCAAGCCACGACAGAAACGAGACCAUCCUCUCACAGCAGUCCCCUCGGUCUUACAGCCGAGGACAGCGAUGGACACAGAACGGGCCACCGCGGCUCGCUCGUCGCAGACACGUCCCCAGAACGCAGCAGCGACAGUAGCGGGCGGCGGGUGAGCAUACUCAAAGCCUGCCCGCACGUUUGCCAGCUUUCACCGUUACAGCUGACGGCAUCGGCAGCCAAGUGUCGCGCUGCAUGCGACGCUGUGACUUCUGCGCCGACAUCGGAGCACGAGGCCACCGCCGCCGCCCUUCACAAGGUCGAAGACGCCGCCUCUCCGGUGUCGGCGCGUGCGGGCUCGUCGCACCCGCUGUCGUCUGCCGCGCCGUCUGUUGCGUCCAACUGCUCCUCCCCGCGUACGUCCAAGAAGCACCGCCCAGUCCACUCUGCUGAAACCGACGUUGAUGCUGCCGCUCCACCGUCCUGCCGACCCACAGAACUGGGAAGGACUGUUCAAUCACCUCUUCGCUCCUCAAGCCCCAUGGCAAGAGAUGCGCGCGUUGGCGACUCAGCACCAGCGCCAUCCACUUGCUCCGCCGUGGCGACGAGCGGUGAGGCCACCGCGAAAGCCCAGCCUGUCGGUGCGGGUGAUGCCGACGUCGCACCUGCCAGCCGAGUCUCUUCGAGCAGGCCGCUCCCGUAUGCAAAGGAUGACGAGCAGUACAGUGAGUUGAACGUGAGCGAUGCACGCAAUGCGGUGAUGCGCCGUCAGAUGACGCAACAGAGCGCGCUUCUCGCAGACAGGCAGCGACGGGGCAGCGCCUCGUUCUCCGUCAUUGAGGCUCCAGGCGACGUGCAACUGUCGAGUGGAAUGCACACCAGCUCCACACAUCCCCUGCCCCGCCACCGCAGCUCAGGCGGCGACGGCAGCAUUGCCUCGAGCGGCGUCAUCAGUGCCACCACGAACAUCAUCAGCAACACAAGCGGAGCUGCGGACUUGCCCGCCUCCACGACUGAAAGAGCAUCGAUCACAGCCACCGCCUCCAGAGCCGGCGCGCAGCACGGGCAUCACCACACGCAGCACCUGCAGAACAGCACAUUGGACAGGGAUCGAGGCCAACAAGAGUCACGGCAGUUUCUCAGCCCACCCUCCUCUACACGGCUGCUCGCUGCGCGCGACGAGGAUGGCAGCCGCUGCCCAUGCCUGUCGCCCGCGCAACAGCCCUACGCCUACGAGCAUAAGACGGUUGUUUGCAGUGACGGACAGCCCUGCAAGCGCCUUAUCCUGUGCAAGGCGGAGCGGCUGUCCCGUAGCACGCGCCUCCACCACACGGAAACCGGAUCCGUCGUCCCCGGCAACUCAUCCCAGCAAGGAGUCAGUGAACCUGAUACCCCACGUUCGCUUUCUCGCCCGUCGAACCGCACUUCAACGCGUUCCCAGCACACCGCUUGCACGCCGUUAAUCGUUGGGGCGGAUGAGAGCAGCUCACGUGGUUCUCAGACGGAACUGCAACAUCAGGAGCGUACGGAUACCGAGAGCACCGUGAAUGCGCACACGCCUCGUACCUCCCUCAUGGCCACUAGCGCUCCUCUGGCAGCAGAGCGAUUAGAGAAGCACCUGCCUCUAGCGAUGCUGGCCACUCAUUCGGUGGAGACGUCGCCCCUACAGAGGGAGGCGGGCAUGGCAGACGGCGAGAGCGCGGCGCCGGUGCGUGUUGUGGUCGAAUCUGUCUCGAUGCGGAAGACGUCGUCAGCAGAUCUUGACGGGCAGGAAGUCGUGUUCAAUGUCUCCCCUGAAGACGAGUCAGCGUCGCAGGACAACUUCUCGGGUGCGUUCAUAAGGGAGGCGGUCGCUGGUGGUGGGCAGGACGCCGGUGUGUCAAGUAUUGUUGCGACUCGUGGGCCAGGCCUGCAGACUCCUGAGGGCAGUUGGGUGAGCGACGAGCGACGCCAAUUUAUUUUCAGCGGCGAUGUAGCGCAAUUGUGGCUCGAUGAGGAGGGCUCUCUCGCCGGAAGCUACUGCAACACCUACAGAGUGGAACUGCAACGUGCGGAAGCGACAGCGCUGAAGUGGCGUGGGCCUCCGGUGUGCAAUCUGCGCGCUCUUGCCGCUGUCGGCGACGGCAAUGUGGCCGGUGAACGACACUCGGCUCACGGCGGUCGGUCAGUCUCAUCAUCUGCUGCAGCGGAGCUCAGCGCGGCGGUGUCCACGGAGGCGUUGCACGAAGCAAGGCCUGCUGGAGGCAUGCCUGGUGGCGUGACGAGCACCUGUACGGGGCCGACAGGUAUCCACUUCGCCGGUCCUCGAGAGCUUCUGAAGACGCGCCGUCAGGAGCGGCAGCAUAAGCAGCCCCCGCAGCCAAAGAUGCUCCGGCAAAGCAGCUGCCACCUGCUGGCAAGCCACGGCGCCGUCGUCGCCGAGGCCGCGACGGAAAGGUGCGACCGGUCUUGUAGAGCUGACAUCACCGACGCGCAACCGUUUCGGCGCGGUAGUGUGAAAGCAGAGACGGUGAGAGGAGACGGAGCCCGUGUCCGCUCGACCAUCAUGCAUUGCUCGCUGCCUCCCGAUCCAGUCACGCAGCUGCCUCACCGAAAAGUGUACGGCGAUGACAACUUCAUCAUGUUUCGCCGCGCUGCCGCGGCCGCUGUUGCUGCUUCCCACCCUGUAGUGGUAGGAGCUACCCAACCGAAGCGCCCGGAAACGGUGGGAGCUACACCCACUCGUCCCGGGUAUGCCUCUGCUCAGUAG